AUGGACAGAGGUGCGCCUCCAGAGGCGCUGAAUCAAAAUUUUUUGAAUGCAGGAGAAGAACUGAAUUCUUCCACAACUGUAACUGUCCCUUACAACACGACAAUUCCAGACUAUUCUUCCUCGACACCGAUUGUCUUCCGAGACAUCGAUUUGGAUUUCUGGGAGCAGGUUGAUGACACACAAGCUGGCCUCGCUGGAUUUCCCGACAUCGGCCAACCGUCUAAUAUGAUGGCAGAGUAUGAAGCUGGAGCCGAGUCCAUAUCAAUAUUAUGGGAAAACGUGGGACAUGAACAAUCUCUUUCACGGAUUUCGUCCGUCACUUCCGAUGCAAGCCGGAAAACCAAGUCGAGGUCGCCUAGCCAAAGCUCCGGAAGCGGUCCCAGCUUCAAUGCAAACAGUUUCGAUCAAAGGUCGCAGACUUCUGAAGACGAUAUCACUCAGCAGAUAUCGAGAAGACUUGGUCGUAUGUGUCUUACGGAAGAUGGACACAUGCGGUAUUUUGGUGCCACCAGCCAUCUCUCGAUGCUUCCUAAUGAACUCAGAACCCUUUAUCGAUCAGAUAUGCGCAAUUUCCGCGAGGAAGGCGAAAUAGUAGUCAAACGGGCGCAUUUGGGCUGGACUCCAGACUCCGAAUAUGAGCUCCAUCUAACACGUCUCUAUUUUGCGUGGCAUAACACUUUCGUCAGGGAAGUGAAGAAGGAGACCUACUUCUAUCAAAAAGAGAUGUACUACAGGGGCUAUGAAAGUGCGCUGUUCUCGCCAGCACUUGAGAAUGCAGUUCUUGCGAUCGGCGCAUUGUAUUCGACAAGACGGCAUCCUGCCAUCCAGGACAGUCCGUCAGACUUUUUCGGUGCAAGAACCCGGUUAUACCUAGAAACGGAAAUGGACCGCCCAACGAUAGCCACAACGCAAGCAGCAGUGAUUUUAUCCGCUUUUGAGUCGGCGAACGGCCAUGACUCUCGAGGUUGGAUUUACUCAGGCGUCGCAGUCCAGAUGACCACGGAUCUUGGGCUGCAUCUUCGUCUCGACACCCACGACGACUAUCUUAGCAGCGAAGAGAACACUCGAGGUCUCGAAGACGUGCGCAGAAGUCUCUUUUGGACUGUGUACUCCGCAGACAUGUACCAUAGUAGCUAUAGUGGGCGGCCGUACUUGAUGAGCAGGAUGCGAUAUGAUGCCCCUGGUCUGGAUGCGUUGAACAAUAGCGAUUGGCAGCCAUUUCAUGCAGACGGCGCACCGAUGAAACUGCCACCUGCUUUCGACGGUUCUGGUAUUGGAUCAGUCAUCGCAUGUGUUGUGCAAAUGGCCAUCAAGCUGCGAAAGAUCUACGACACACUAUACUGCGGGAUUGCUUCUGUCUCGGAAGACGCUAAGCUCUUCGUUCCGGCUAUGGCUAAACAACUCCAGCAAUGGCUAGCAGCAUUGCCUCCAGCGCUUCGUGUCGACUAUGGGGAAGAACAACCCUCCCCUGUGCCAGCACCAAUUGUGCUCCAGCUUCACAUAUUAUACCAUCAGAUCCUUAUAAUCCUCAAUCGGCCGUUCGUGGUGCACGAAUCAGAUCCAGAAUUAUUUGCGGGAGAGAUCUGCACCAAGUCUGCGGGAAUAAUAUGUCAACUCCUGCAAGUGUUUAAAGCCAAUUACGGCCUACGAUAUAUUAACGUCCAAGCUGUUGCGUCUACAGUCACGGCGGGAGUUGUACACGCGUAUGACAGUUGUAUUUACUCAGGGGCGAAGGGCAAAGCAGCCCAGCAUAAUUUUGUGGUCUGCAUUCAAGCACUGGCUGAAAUUGGCCAAUCCUUCAGAAGUAGCAUACACGGGCUUGAAGUGAUCACGUCUUUGAGACGCGCGUGGCAGCACCAGAUGUUCAAAGAAACCAGAGCGAAACGACGCUGGAGAGCGUCGUCCGAGCUGGUAGGAGACCAUCUGCAUCGUGCUCCAACCUAA